UUGGAGGAGUAGCCAGGAAUGGCCACGCCAGAAACCUCCCCAGAGUCUGGAGAGGGCGGUGCGCGCACGACGGGAGUGGUGGGCGUUUGCAGCCGUGCGAAGGAGACAGAUGCGACAAGCAGUAUGGGCUAACAGAAAGAGCUGCUAGAGAUGUCUGGGCGUUGGUGGCAAUAUUCAGGCUACGAAGCACUGUGAGCAGUCAGCAUAGAGCAGACAGGUAUGGAGUACCGCAGACACGCCACAGAUCACAGUUGGUGUACAGUGCUCGCACCCAGUUGGCUGGCAUUUUAUCUAGUUUGCGGCUCACAACGACCACCAGCAAUUGCCAGACAGGCCAGCCAAUAUGAUGUUUUGACACAGCCUUUGGUCCAGCACAGGGACAGAUAUGCCCUAGACUGCCCACGGAUGGCCGCUGGGACGACUUUGCCCGCCUUGUGGCCAUUUCGUCUCAGGCAUCAGCUGACCGCCUCGUUUUUGCUUCCUGGGCACUCGACUAAGCAGAUGCGCUUGAACUUGCAAAUUUCCGCACUGGUUUGGGAGAUUGAUCUGGCACGGUGCGGCACGCCACCAGCCGCACAUUUCCCGUUGUGCUUAAUUGCUGGCUACUGAGCCUCCCUAGCACGGUGCGGUGCGAGAUCAUCUACCACGAGCACGGUGGCUAAGUAUCAUACCCCACCAGCCACCCGCCACCAUACCAGGAAUCACAGACGCUAGCCCGGUCUGAACUGCCAUUGUCACCACAUGGAAACAUUUCCUGAGCAAACUCCCCUU